AUCUUCCGUUUCUCAUCUCAUUCUCUCGUUCACAGCGUUAAUCUUCGUUUGGAAGUAAAAGAAGGAGGCUAGUAUGACGAGAACAGGAGGGACUCUGAACGCAACGGCGGCAACGCCGGCCGCGUCGGUGCAGCCGCACUCGCCCUGGCACUCGCCGGUGCCGUACCUCUUCGGGGGCUUGGCGGCCAUGCUGGGUCUCAUAGCUUUUGCACUCUUGAUCCUCGCCUGCUCCUACUGGAAGCUCUCCGGCUACCUGGAGGGUGACGACGACUCCGCCGCCCGUGAUGCCGAGGCAGGAGACGGAGCGGGUGGAGACGCCGUGAAGCCUCCGAUGGCGUUUGAGGAGAAGAUUCUGGUGAUAAUGGCCGGAGAUGUGAAGCCCACGUACCUGGCGACGCCCAUGUCCAGCAGGGCUUCCUCGUUCGGAGAACGCAGCAGUAACAACAGCGAAAUGACCGAGAAAUCAGAGGCAGUUGCAGAAUCGCCGAAACAGGUACAAACAGGAAACCGGGAGUCCCGUGAAACAUGAGAUCAGAUCAGCGACUUUGAGUAGAGAGAGCUCGUAACUCGUAAUACACGUUUUGUUUUGGGACAUUGUGAGGGGUCUGUAUAUGAGCUUUUGCAUGUCGUGCUGCUCUUGCACACAAAUUUUCAUCUUUUUUUCUCUUCCUUUCUCUCAUUUUCCUAAUUCGGGAGAUGUAAAUCAUUGAGGUGAAAUGGAAGAAUGAAUACCGUAUAACAAUUUUUUUACGAGACUACUGCUGCCAUAUCACCAGAUAUCACUGUACAAAAAUCAAAAGGUGGGCCUAAUCAUCUUUGAUCCUACAGACUCAGAGAUCAACUUUUUCAAUCAUAAAUUUUCCAAGAAGUGGCAGCCCGCAAGCCAUAUUGUUGCAUGCCUGGCAAAUAUUUGAAAAAAAGCAGUGGCUCUUCAGAGGAUAUGAGCUAAGAUGGCAUGUGAACUACGAAUCAGUGAUUGGCUGCGAGAGACAGGUGUGAGGCAUUCCGUGGAGAUCUCGUGACAGCUGCGGCAAGUGAAAAUGACAAAAUGCCUUCCGUCUUUACAUUUUUUUUUAAUUAUAAAUAUAUUUUUUGGUUUUAAUUUUA